AUGAUGGACGCAGGGGUGCGGAGUGGCAGUGGAGGUGCAGCCGUCGGGCGUCAGGCGCAGCCGUCGCUCCUGGGCUUCGGAGACACGCGGAGCUAUGAGCUCGUGGACGAUGGAGGGCUCCAGCGAAGACACAACAGCAGCAGCGGAGCGUCGGGUCGUCGGAUUUGCGGCGGUGCAGAGGCGCGGUGGCUGGUUGUCUACUCGGAACAGGUCUUAUUCAGCAAGUUGACUUCUCUCACAUUAGUCUAUGCACAACAUGAAGGAACUAGCACCGCUCUCCUCAAGGAGUGGAAUGAGAUGCUGGGCACAAUCAAUGCAGUGCUGACUGAUGCAGAAGACAAGCAACUCAGUGGUAACCCUCUAGUGAAGUUGUGGCUAGAUUGUGUUAAGGACUUGGCCUAUGAUAUGGAAGACUUGAUUGAUGAGUUAGCGAUCAAAGUGGCUCAAGUUAAUUUGGAGGCAGAAUCCAACACAAGCAAAUGUAUGGAAAAAUGGAAGUUCUCUUUCUUUGGCCAAGAUAAAUCCUCCGGAUCAAAUCCAAACCUAGGCUUGCUCAUGUUUGAAACCAUGGUACAAGAGAUAAGUUGCAGGUUGAAAGUGAUUGUCACUAGGAAGGCUCAUCUAAGCUUAAGAGAGAAUGUUGUGGAUAGAUCCAACUACACAAACAAAAGGGAUCUAACCACUUCUUUGCCAGAGCCUCAGUUUUAUGGUAGAGAAAAGGAAGAAGCACAAAUACUCAAACUAUUGAUUAGUGAAGUCGAAAAUUCCGAUGCCAUGUUGAGCAUGAUCCCUAUAGUUGGGAUGGGUGGUGUUGGAAAAACAGCCUUGGCUCAACGGUUGUAUAAUGAUGUUAGAUCAAUCACUGGGUUGUCAUGCCAGGGUGAAGAUCUUAACGGGCUUCAAGUUAAGUUGAAGGGCAAUCUAUCUAGGAAGAAGUUUCUUGUGGUUUUAGAUGAUAUAUGGAAUGAGAAAUAUGAAAAAUGGACUACCAUCUUAAAGCCAUUUGAAGCGGGGGCUAAGGGGAGUAAGAUCAUCAUCACGACUCGCAACCUUGCCAUUGUUUCCAUAACUAGAGCAUCACCCUAUCAUUUGAAGGAAUUGUCGCUUGAUAAUUGUACAAGUUUAUUAGCCUUUCAUGCUCUUGGAGCAACAAAUUUUGAGAGCCAUCCGGAUUUUAAAACAAUAGGUAAGAAAAUAGCUGAAAAAUGUAAAGGUUUAGCUUUGGCGGUGAAGAUGCUAGGCGGUGCCCUACGUAAUAAAAGGAAUCCCAGUGAAUGGGAAGAUACCUUAAAUUUCAGAAUAUGGGAUCUUCCGAUGGCAGAGAAUGAUGAGUAUUUCCCAAGGAUUACGAAAUUGAGAGAGAUGAGCUGGUACUCUUAUGGAUAG